CUGUGCGGGGCGUGGCUUUCUGCUGGAGCGGGCGUGGUCUGGGCUGGUGGGUGGGAACCUGGCGGAAGCCGUUGCCUGGCAACACCCCAGCGCGUACCUCCGCGACUCUGCCCCUCCUCUGGGGAGGUGGGCUCGGAGUCACGUGACUCAGAUCCGACGGUAGGGGGCGCGGCCGGUGGUCGGGCCCGGCGCUUUGGGAAAAGCAGGCCCACUGGGAAGCGUUCGUGUGAGUUCUAUUCCGGGACUCCAGCCCCAGAGGACAGCGGGGGAAACCGAGGCACGAGUGGGGGCAAUGAAGGUACUGCUCUUCACGGGCCUGGGGGCCCUGUUCUUCGCCUACUAUUGGGAUGACAACUUCGACCCCUCCUUCAGGGAGCGCGUGUGCUGCUGACUGGGGCCAGUGCCGGUGUUGGUGAGGAGCUGGCCUAUCACUACGCCCGCCUGGGCUCACACCUGGUGCUCACCGCCACCACCGAGGCCCUCCUGCAGAAGCCCUCGCAUCCUGGCCCCUGGGCUACUUGAGACUGAAGUUGAAUGGGACUCAAGCAGGGCUGGGGCUUGAGGCAGGAUCCUUGACAUGUCCAUCUGGUGGAGGGGAGCCACCUGAGGAGGGAGUAGAGGCCCACGGGCAGCUCUGCCCCUCCCCUCAGGUGGUAGGGAACUGCCGGAACCUGGGCGCACCCAAGGUCUUCUACAUCGCAGAAGACAUGGCCUCCUCUGAUGCUCCCCAGCGCGUGGUGCAGUUUGCCCUGGACAAGCUGGGUGGGCUGGACUACCUUGUGCUGAACCACGUCGGCAGUGCACCAUCCGGCAUGCGGGUCCGCAGCUCCCAGACCACGCGCUGGCUCAUGCAGGUGAACUUCCUGAGUUACGUGCAGCUGACUGCGCAGGCGCUGCCCAGCCUGACGGACAGCAGGGGCUCCCUGGUGGUGGUGUCCUCCUUGCUUGGCCGCGUGCCCGCGUCCUUCCCCGCCCCUUACUCGGCGGCCAAGUUCGCGCUCGACGGCUUCUUCGACUCCCUGCGGCGGGAGCUGGACGUGCAGGACGUGGACGUGGCGGUCACCUUGUGCGUCCUGGGCCUCCGCGACCGCGCCUCCGCCGCCGAGGGGGUCAGGGGCGUCUCGCGGGCCAGGACGGCCCCGGGGCCCAAGGCGGCCCUGGCUGUGAUCCGGGGCGGCGCCACGCGGGCCUCGGGCGUCUUCUACCCGUGGCGGUUCCACCUGCUGUGCCUCCUGCGGGACUGGCUCCCGCGCCCGCCGGCCUGGUUCGUGCGCCCGGACCUCAACGUGUCCACAGCCGCCGCAGCCUGAGCCCCGAGGGCCGGGGCCGGGGCCGCCCAGCCCGCCGCCCUGGCAGUCGCAGACCCGGCGGUCAUAGCCUGAGACAGAGACGCAGGCGAGAAGCAGACCCAAGGGAAACCCGG